GGAAGAGAGAGGGAAAGAGAGAGAGAGAGAGGCAGGUCGGACAUGGCCGUUGUGGAACUCAGCUUGACGAGCACGAGGAGGAGGGCGAGGCAUGGACGAGGCAUGGAACAAACCGCACCACCGCGCGACGCGCACCGAGACAAAACAACAACCGCACCGGUGCCCGACCCGACGAGUGACGACAGAGACAUUUCGUUCGUUCGCUUGGGCGCGCGCGCGCUGGGCAGGGAUCGCCAAGCCACACUGCGACAGCUGGUGACCGCGUCCCAGAUCGCCGACGCCGAGGGUGACACACUGACUUAUUAGCACGAGCAGGAUGAAGCUGCUAGCGCAUCCGAUCCAUUGGGGCCCAUCGUCAUAGGUGCCAUCGCGUCUGCAAGCCAAGGUCUAACCGAUGGCUCUCGAUGGAGGAGAGCACGGCUGGGGUGUGCUGCGCUGCGCUGCGCUGCGCUGCCUGACCAGCUGGUCCGUCGGUACGCCGGCUGUUGUGCCCCCCCUGCUCGCCUGCCAGCUCCUUGUUGUCGUAGUGCCGUGCCGUGCCUUGCCCACGGGCUGGAACCAUCCCAUCUGUAGUACGUAUCUGCCUUUGCCGAGCCAAGCUUGGUGGUUCCACGAUUUUUUUUGAGUUCCCCCUGCCUUGCAAACGUCCUGCGUCAAGCUCCCCCGGGCCAAGUAACCCGAGAUAUUAGAGCCAUUGGCAUCCCUGGCAGGCGCGACCCUCCCCCUCCCUUCCUCCCUUUGCUUCCCGGUUCCCGUCUCCUCGUUCCUCGCCCGCUGGGAAUCUUCCUCUAGCAUCGGCAUCUGGCGACCACGAGAGCUUCACAUCGCGACGAUACGAAGCAAGUCUACACACCCAAACGCGACAGCCAGCGCCGCGCGCACCCGCCACCAUGGGCGCCUUCAUUAGCUGGAUCAAGAAGAACCUUCCCGCGGAUGAUCGGGAGGGUUCGGCGAACACGCCACCGCAGUCGGCAUGGGGUGAGUCCCCCUCCAUGGACGGCGCAUGUCACUCACUGACCAUUUUGCCCGCAAACAGCCAUGGUCGAUACACUCGUCCCGGUCCUGGUCAUCUCGGUGAUAUACAUCAUCAUCUUUCUCAUCUUCCGCAGAUCACAGCGGCGCUUCUACGCGCCCAGGACGUACCUGGGCUCCCUUCGUGAAAAGUGAGUCCUCGCGCAUCGCGCGCAGCCAAACAUGAUCAUUACUGACUGACCUUCUCAACCAGCGAACGGAGCCCCGACCUGGGUACCGGCUGGUUCAGCUGGUUCGGCACUUUCUGGAAGCUCCCAGACGCCCAUGCCCUCACUCAUCAGGGCCUGGACGCCUACCUCUUCCUGCGCUACCUGCGUGUCGCCUGCAUCAUCACCCUGUUCUCGCUUGCCGUGACCUGGGCCAUUCUGUUUCCCGUCAACGCGACGGGCCACAAUGGUCAGACGCAGCUCGAAGUGCUCUCGUACAGCAACAUCAACCCCGACACCGAGGGCAGUCGCUACUUUGCCCACGCUCUCGUCGCAUGGGUUGUCUACGGCUUCGUCAUGUACAUGAUUAUGCGCGAGUGCAUCUUCUACAUCAACCUGCGCCAGGCCUACCUGCUCACGCCGCACUACGCGAACCGCAUCUCCUCGCGCACCGUCCUCUUCACGAGCGUGCCCGACGAGUAUCUCAACGAGGCCAAGAUUCGCGAAAUGUUCAACAACUCAGUCAGGUAUGUCUGGAUCGCCGGGCAAACCAAGGAACUUGACAAGCUCGUCGAGGAGCGGGACAAGGUCGCCAUGAAGCUCGAGGGUGCAGAGGUCAAGCUCCUUAAGCUCGUCAACAAGGCUCGCACCAAGGCCGCCACCAAGGGCGACGCCCCACCCGCCACCAACAACGGCCACAACGACGACGCCGCAGCCGACACCGAGACGGGCAGCAUCGCCGCUCGCUGGGUCCCCGACAAGAAGCGCCCUUCGCACCGCCUCGGGCCCCUAGGCCUCGUCGGCAAGAAGGUCGACACCAUCGACUGGGCCCGCGCAGAACUCCAGCGCACCGUCCCCGAGACGGAGAAGAUGCAGGCCGACUGGGCCGCCGGCGACUUCAAGAAGGCCAAUGCCGUGUUCGUCGAGUUCAUGAACCAGGCCGAUGCCCAGGCCGCGUACCAGGUCCUCACCCACCACCAGGCCUUGCAUAUGACGCCCAAGGUGGUAGGCGUCAAGCCCGAGGAGGUUGUCUGGAAGAGCCUCUCGAUCCCCUGGUGGCAACUCGUCAUCCGACGCUACGCCGUCUACGCUUUCAUCGCCGUGCUCAUCAUCUUCUGGGCUAUUCCGGUUGCCAUUGUCGGUCUCAUCGCCCAGGUGAACACGCUGAAGCAGCUCCCGGGCUUGACGUGGCUCGACUCGAUCCCCAAGCCUAUUCUUGGUGUCGUGUCUGGUCUGCUGCCGUCGGUUGCCUUGUCCAUCCUCAUGUCCUAUGUGCCCAUCAUCAUGCGUGGCUGCGCCAAGCUCGCAGGCACGCCGACCCUGUCCCGUGUCGAGCUCUUCACGCAAAACGCCUACUUUGUGUUCCAAGUGGUGCAGGUCUUCCUCAUUCGAUCCGUCUUUGACGCGGCGUCGACAGCUCUCGUCAAGAUUGUCAACGACCCCAGCUCCGUCUUCACGACGCUGGGCCAGACGAUUCCCACGUCGUCCAACUUCUACAUUUCGUACUUUAUGCUCCAGGGUCUCACGAUUGCCACUGGCGUCGUGACGCAGGUUGUGGGCAUGUUUGUGUUCCGCAUCCUGUACAAGUUCCUGGCGGGCACGCCGCGCGCCAUGUACAACAAGUGGACGACGCUCAGCGGUAUUCUCUGGGGCAGCCUUCUCCCCGUCUACACCAAUAUCAUUUGCAUCAGCAUCAUCUAUUCGGUCAUUGCUCCAUUCAUGCUCUUCUGGUCUUCCAUUGCCAUGGGCCUGUUCUAUCUUGCCUAUCGUUACAACAUCCUCUUCGUCUCGGAGACGACGGUCGACACGCAGGGCCUGAUCUAUCCCCGUGCUCUGAAGCAGCUGUUCACGGGCGUCUACCUAGCCGAGAUUGUCAUGAUUGGCAUGUUUGCCGUCACCAAGGCUCCGGGCCCGGCUGUACUGAUGGCCAUUUUCCUCGUCUUCUCGAUUCUCUACCACAUGACGAUCUCGAGAUACCUCGACCCCCUGCUGUACGGACUUCCUCGCAGCGUCCAAGCUCGGGAGCAGGCGAUCCAGUCGGGUCUGGGCUCGCCCGCCUCGCCGGCGCAGGCGGAAGAGGGCCUUGGACGCAACAAGGAGUCGAACGAGAGCGCGACGGCGGAGAAGAAGACAGACGUCAGCCCAGAGCACGCGGUGCCGAAGAAGGAGGGCAACAUCAUCACCAGGUUCCUGAAGCCGUGGGUCUUUUACGACUACGAGAGACUUCGCAGCAUGAUGCCUAGCCAGGACGACGUAGACUUUGACCGGAUGUACUCGGACGAGGUGGAGCGGACGGCGUACAUGGCGCCGUCGGUGACGAGCAAGGCCCCAACGCUGUGGAUCCCGCGAGACGGCGCGGGCGUGUCGCGGCAGGAGGUUGCGCUAACGAGCAAGGUGAUUCCCAUCUCGGACGAGGGCGCCACGCUGGACGAGAAGAACAACAUUGUGUGGGACACGGAGGGCGCGCGUCCGCCCAUCUGGGACGAGAAGAUCUACUACUAGACAAGUACCCGACGUAUGGUGAAGGUCUGCUCGAUUUUGAUACCCCUGCGGUUAUGGUCGCUUUGGAUGGAUGGUGGAGUUUUUGGUUGCGCGGAGGAUGCAAUACCCAGGUCGCCGGGGGAGAGUCGACGGUCGAUUCUCCUGCUCGCGGACUGUACUAAUUUGUGGGUGGAGGAGCGUAACUUGUGUUGUUUUUUAUGCGGCCUCGGCCAAAUCUGUGGCCUUUGGUAGCUGUAUAGAGAGAUAAGAAUGGCUUCAUGUUUGCACUCUAUGCUGCGCCGCCCUUAGUUGACGACGAUGUAAGUAAAGCUUGGCUUUCAAGCUACAUAGGAUGGAGCAGUCUACCCUGCCAGAUGACGUGACGUGCAUGCAAGCCAGAGCAAAACAUGCGGCCGUUGCUGCGACCGCGACGGGAG